CUCGUCGUCAUGCAGCGCCCAUCAAUUGAAAUCCCAAAACCCCACAAACAAUAACAAACCACUGAUUAAUAUCACUCCCCAGCCGUCUCUGCCAAACCCCAUUUCCCCAAUUUCUAAUGGCUUCGUUCUCCUAUGUGCUAUCUCACUCAUCCCAUGUUCUUUCGCCUCAAACACCGCCCAUUGAGUCCAAUCCCAAAUACAUCUUAUACUCCUCCUCCUCCCAAUGCCGACAUCCCAUUUCGAUCCUACGUUCUAAGCUUAACAGAAUGGCCCUUGUCGGUCAGCGGUUAAGAAGGGGGACGCAAAGGAAACAAAUAUGUGCUUCCAUUGCAGACGUCUCGUUGGAAAAAUCCACGGAAAAUGUUCAACUUCCCAAGGGUGAUGUUUGGUCCGUCCAUAAAUUCGGUGGUACCUGUGUCGGUAACUCAGAACGAAUUAAGAACGUUGCUGAAGUUAUAGUUAGUGAUGAUUCAGAGAUGAAAUUGGUGGUCGUCUCUGCAAUGUCGAAAGUGACGGAUAUGAUGUAUGACCUCAUUAACAAGGCUCAAUCACGAGACAAGUCUUAUGAAUCUGCCUUAGAUGCUGUUCGGGAAAAGUAUAAAUCAACGGCACACGAUUUGCUUGAUGGGGAAGAACUGGCCAGUUUCUUAUCACAGUUGCAUCAUGAUAUUGAUAAUCUGUUGGCUAUGCUUCAAGCAAUUUAUAUUGCUGGUCAUGCCAUGGAAUCCUUUACCGAUUUUGUUGUAGGACAUGGAGAAUUGUGGUCCGCUAGUUUGUUGUCGGCUGUUAUUAGACAGAGGGGGUUUGAUUGCAAGUGGAUGGAUACAAGGGAAGUUUUGAUAGUAAAUCCAACUUCUUCAAAUCAAGUUGAUCCCGACUUUUCGGAAUCUGCUCGAAGACUUGAGCGAUGGUAUUCCAAAAACUCGGCCAAGAUAAUCAUUGCAACUGGUUUUAUUGCGAGUACACAUCAAAACAUACCCACUACUUUAAAGAGAGAUGGGAGUGACUUUUCUGCUGCGAUAAUGGGUGCUCUAUUAACGUCUCGGAGAGUCACUAUUUGGACCGAUGUCGAUGGUGUUUAUAGUGCAGAUCCGAGAAAAGUUAAGGAAGCAGUUGUUUUAAAGACAUUGUCCUAUCAAGAGGCCUGGGAGAUGUCGUAUUUUGGUGCAAAUGUUUUACAUCCUCGUACGAUUAUUCCAGUAAUGCAAUAUGACAUACCGAUUAUCAUAAGGAACAUUUUCAAUCUCUCUGCACCUGGAACAACGAUCUGCCGACAAACAGUUGACGAGGAGAGCGAGAGUCUAGUGUCUUUUGUUAAAGGAUUUGCAACUAUCGACAAUGUUGCGCUUAUAAACGUUGAAGGCACUGGAAUGGCUGGUGUCCCGGGUACCGCCAAUGCCAUUUUUGGUGCUGUUAAAGAUGUAGGAGCUAAUGUUAUUAUGAUUUCUCAGGCUAGUAGUGAACAUUCUGUGUGUUUUGCGGUGCCCGAGAAGGAAGUAAAAGCUGUUGCCGAGGCAUUGAAAUCUAGAUUCCGUCAAGCCUUAGAGGCUGGGCGCCUUUCGCAGGUCGCAGUCGUUCCGAACUGUAGCAUUUUGGCAGCGGUUGGACAGAGAAUGGCGAGUACUCCUGGAGUCAGUGCCACCCUUUUCAAUGCACUGGCAAAGGCUAACAUAAAUAUCCGAGCUAUUGCCCAAGGCUGCACGGAAUACAACAUUACUGUAGUCGUUAGGCGAGAAGAUUCUAUAAAAGCCUUGAGAGCCGUGCACUCGAGAUUUUACCUGUCAAGGACAACGAUUGCAAUGGGAAUCAUCGGACCUGGACUUAUUGGUGCCACGUUACUCGAGCAGCUAAAGGAUCAGGCAUCCGUUCUCAAAGAAGACUUCAACAUCGAUUUGCGUGUCUUGGGAAUUAUUAGCUCCAAAAGCAUGCUUUUGUGCGAUGAGGGAGUUGACUUAACUAAUUGGAGAGAACUUCAAGGUGAGAGAGGCGAAACGGCAGAUAUGGAACGGUUCGUGCAGCAUGUGCAUCAAAAUCAUUUUAUUCCGAACACCGUUUUGGUCGAUUGCACGGCCAAUCCUGAUAUUGCUAGCCAUUACUACAACUGGCUUCGAAGAGGAAUUCAUGUCAUUACUCCAAAUAAAAGGGCUAACUCGGGACCGCUCGAUCAGUAUUUGAAGUUGAGAGCUCUUCAACGACAGUCGUAUACUCAUUACUUUUACGAAGCUACGGUUGGAGCCGGUCUUCCAAUCAUUAGCACGCUACGUGGUUUGCUCGAAACCGGAGACAAAAUAUUACGUAUUGAAGGCAUCUUCAGUGGGACAUUGAGUUACAUCUUCAACAACUUUACGAGCGGUAAAUCUUUUAGCGACAUCGUAUCCGAAGCAAAGCAAGCGGGUUAUACCGAGCCCGAUCCAAGAGAUGACUUAUCCGGAACCGAUGUUGCCAGAAAGGUGAUCAUUCUUGCAAGAGAAUCGGGUUUGAAACUCGAACUAGCCGAUAUCCCCGUGGAAAACCUCGUGCCAGAGCCAUUAAGAGCCAGUGCAUCGGCUGAGGAGUUCAUGCAACAAUUGCCACGGUUCGAUGUCGAGCUGACGAGGAAACGACAGGAGGCUGAGAAUGCUGGGGAAGUGUUGCGAUACGUCGGGGUGGUCGAUGUCGAAAAUCAAAGAGGCUUCGUCGAGAUGCAAAGGUACAAGAACGAUCACCCAUUUGCACAACUUUCAGGAUCCGACAACAUCAUCGCUUUCACCACGACGAGGUACAGAACUCAGCCUUUAAUAGUUCGGGGACCGGGCGCCGGGGCUCAAGUGACAGCAGGUGGGAUCUUCAGUGACAUCUUGAGGCUAGCAUCUUACCUUGGUGCUCCAUCAUAAUCCCAUCCUUAUUAGUUUCCUAGUCUCUAUGCUCUCUUUUGGUUGUUGGGACGGUCUCUUUUGCCUUGUGUCUUUUUUGUUUGCAAUGUAGGUUCUUCUAUGUUGGGAAUUUUAAUUCUUAAUAAAAUCAAGCUUGUUUUAUCUUUUU